AUGGCUGAGAAUGUCGGGGAGGCCAUCAGGGUGGAGAUGCUACAGGAGGACCACAGCUAUGGGCCCCAGGCCAGUGCUGGGAGAGCGGCCAGAAGUGACAGCCGCAGAAACGGGGCUCUCACCUGCUGCCUGCUGUCGAUCCCCAUCCUCGCAGUACUCGUCGCCUACCAGUUCAUCUACCAGACCCAGAUCCCUGAAGAGGGCUGUAUGUCCAAGGUAAGCAAGACCCCAUCCCUGCCCUCUCCUCCCAAAGCUGGUCUCCCCAAUUCGACUAGAGAAAAACCAAGGGCACAUCUGACAGUUGAGAAACAAACUCCCACCCAAUCCUUGGGAAAUGUGCUACCAGUUCUGCGUUGGCAAGAUAAGGUUGGCUUGGCCUUCACCAAGAACCAGAUGAACUAUACCAAUAAAUUCCUGAUGGUCCCAGAGCGAGGAGAAUAUUUUGUGUACUCCCAGAUCACAUUCCGAGGGACCAGGCGUCCUUGUGGCACGAUUGACAAGGCUAACCAAGACAACAAGCCUGAAUCCAUCGUUGUGGUCAUCACCAAGGUAUCUAACCGAGAUCCCGGGCCAAUUCAGCUUCUAAGGGGAACCAAGUCUAUGUGUGAAAUAAGUAGCAACUGGUUCCAACCCAUUUACUUAGGGGCCAUGUUCUCCCUGCAUAAAGGGGACAUGCUGAUGGUGAACGUCAGUGACAUCAAGUUGGUGGAUUACACAAAAGAAGAUAGAACAUUCUUUGGAGCCUUUCUGUUAUAG